AUGUUUGUUACCAGAUCUCACUCUGACACUCUUCACAAUAUGGCGGAUAACUGCGAGUAUGUGGCCCAUUUUCCUAAACUUGAGGAUUUAUGCGUUCAGUUCAUCCGUGUUAAUGUGAAAUACUGGAAACCUGAAAAAUUUUUAGGUAAAAUAUCAUGAUUGCUUUAACCAAUCCGCAGUAAAAUAGCAAUUUUUAUGAUGUGCCGAACAGUGAAACCACUGUUUCCAGAUCAUGUGUUUAUAUCCAAAUUUCAAAUUUUGCAAUAUGAUUUCUCCUAGUUCUUGUCUCAAUAUUAUAUCAAAUGGCUUGCUCACAGCUUGUUUAUUAGUUUAAGAUUUAACUUGUCUUAAGCUUCUUUUGAGCUGCGUUAAUGCUAUUCCUUUUUUUUUUCAAGGAAUUCCAGGACAUCUUCUCCUGCCAAUUUUGGAAAACCUUGAUCCUCUAGACAUUGAGAAACUUGAAGUCUCCAGUAUUUUCAAAGCAAUGAGUAUGUGGGAAAAAAAUGUCUUGUUAAUAGAACUUUAUACAUUUCAAGUUUUAUGUGGUAUUUUUUUUGAAUACAAUAAAUUUUCCUGUCACAGACCAACUUCAUGAGUCUGCACUCUGGUACAUCAAUCUUUUUAACAUGUUUUUAUCUAUUUCUUUCCGAAAACUAAUUGAAAGGAAUUGACACUAAUCCACUCUGGAGAAAGAUUUAUACUGCAAAGUGGCCAAGAAAGAGUAAGUGGCCCGAGGUAUACUUUAAAACAAAGGGAAUCACACGAGAACAAGAACUUUGGAAGAUUUAUUACCUUCAAAGACUACUGCAAGAGGCUGUUAAUGGAGGUAAUGUCAGUGGUUUAAAAAUAUGUUCGUCAUCUGCAGGUACGAAAUAUGAUAAUAAUGAACUGUUACUAAUAAUAACCAAAGGUUACAGAGAGCGAGCAACAAUGAUCGAAGGUCAAAACGCUUUUGCUUCAAUGAUGUGCUUUGAGUAAGUUUCACGUGAUAGAUGGUCACAACAUGCAUGAUCAGGUUACGAGUGAUAUAAGCUCUGAAUGCAUGUGAUCAAAUUGCAUUCUUAGUGGAAGUCCAAACGAAUGCUGGCUACAUAUGUGCGAUGCAUGUGUAAAUAUAACCUGGAGAUUAGGAUUGCAGGCUUCUCUAAUUGUACGCCACAGUAAUAAAUCAUAGUUUUAAAGAUAAUGCCAUUUAAAUAACAUGUUCACUUCUUUUUCAUUUCAGAAAGUGAUAACUACAAAUUGCAAAAGAUAAUUUCAGCUUGUGCAAGAUAUGCCGCAUAUCUUAGGCUUUAUAAUCCAUCAAUUAUUUAUCUGGCAAAGAACUGGGAUAUUGUUGAGCAACUUGCUGAGUGUGUUGAAUUUCUAGAAAUUUUCAUACUUAGAAACAAUGGAGUUGAGCCACUGUGUCAUCUCCUUCAAGUAUUUAUAUCAAAGAGACCGACAUCUAUUGGAUUCUGUUUUUGCAAAGUAAACAGUGUUGAAUUGUGGAGUAAAAUAUUUUGUUCCUUGUUACCAUUACAAGAAAAUGGUUGCAACAUUACUGAGAUAGAAAAGGAGGAAAGUGUUCCUUUUGAAGACUAUGAUGAUCCUAAUCAAUCCCUACCAUGGAAAUUAAUUAGUGAAAUGGGAAAUUGUACAUCUCCUCCAAGUGUCUUAGAUGAUGUUAACAUUUAUGAGUUUACUGAUGAUGACUUGUCGGUUUUUCCAAAGAGAUGUAGAAAAUUCUCUGAAUCAUCCUGGAGUAGUUGCACUGGAUGUUUACCUCAGUUAGGCACAAGUGAAGCCUCUUCAAGUUCUAGUCCAGAUCUCUUUGAUGCAGUGUUUAGCUGCUGUAACCAUGGACAGGAUUGUAAAGAAGUCCCAAGAGAGCUUUUGCAAGUAAAUGACAGUCAACAAGACACAGAUAAAACCUCAGACCACUGUCAAGUUAUCCCUAUAGCUACUAAACCUACAAAACCACUUUCACUGUUUCACAGUUUAUCAAAUGUUGGCUGCUCUUUAGUUCAUUUUGAGCUGACUGCCUUCUGGCUGCAUCAAGAUCUCCUUGAACUGUUUGUUAAUAGUUUAAGAUGGUGGAAAAACUUAAAGUCACUGACACUUGAAGACAAUGGUCUAAGCUUCCAGCCUCUGAGCUUAUCACAGAAGUUAAUGGAUACACUCUAUCUCCUCUGCGCACAAGGAAAACUGCGUUGCCUGAAAAUCACAAAUAACCUAGUGAGUGAUAGCAUCACAAAGUUUCUUGUGGAAAAAUUAAUUGGUUCAUUUUGCUGCAAGUGUAACCAAGAGUCCAAGUCUUUGACAAAGUUCAAAAUUUCUUCCUUUCAAGUGUCUGAAGCCUUCUGUGCACAUUUAAGAACAGCAAUAAAAGAUGUUUGUGUUUGUUCACUAAAGAAUUUAGAGACAUCUUCUACACUUAAAUCCAAGACAACAGAUAGUGAAGAUUCUAUCGAGUCAGAAUGCAUGGAUCUGGGUAUUUCCUUAAGAAGUAAAAGAAAAACAAAAUUUCAGGUUCCAGUCAAAAAUAAGAGAUUCACAUUACAUAAUGGUUCCUGUGUAAACAAUGAAGCUGACAACUGUCAAGAAGACUGCUCAAUUAGGGAGGCAUGUUCAUGCCAUGAAAGUUUCAAUGAGCCUGGCAAUGGUGACUUGAACUUCAUUAACAGGAAUGACAACUGUACAAAAACAGGUUUUGAUCAGAAUUAUCCAGGAUCUUUUGAAGCAGCAUCAAACAUGGCUAAUUUGACAGAAAUUCCAGCUUUAGAUUCCAGUAGAAUCAUGCAGUUUAAUGGCUGCAGUUCCAAAGAGUUUGUUGGCAUCCAAGAACUGCGAUUGACUUGUCCAAUUGGGGAUAGAGGAGCAAGCUUGAUCUCUGAUGGACUGCAAAGUAAUAGCUCACUUCUUUCUCUGAGUUUGGUCAAUUGUAAUAUCUCAACUGCAGGGCUAGGAGACAUCUUUAAUGCCAUAACAGGUAUGACUAUUUACACAUUACAUAGUAACAACACUGACUAUAAUCCUAUUUACAGAUUUUUUCAAAAUAUUUCAACAAGAGAGUGAAUGGAUGAGAACACAAAAAGGAACAGACUUACCCUCCCUGACCCCUUGCACUCUCCAUCAAUAUUGUUAUUGUCCCUUGGUUUUUAUGUAUAUAGAUCAGCUUAAGUAAGAAGAGAAAAUUAAGAGAAGGUACAACAGGCUAUGACUGUGUUUAAUUUAACAUGCAAUAUUGGACAUAACCCUUCAGCCUUAAGCCUUUUUUGAGACUCCGCAAUUAUAUUUAUCUAAAGGAAUUUACCGCGCUUUUAAAGUUACAUAAUAGGUUUUCACUGUUGGUCUCAAUAUUCUUUCAUGGUAUAAUUUUGCUCUUUGAUCAGGUCACAGCUCUCUGAAACAGCUGUCUGUCAAAGGCAACAGAUAUGAUCCUAGUAGAAAUAACAAGCUGGCACUGAGAUGUUAA